AUGAGCGUCGUCUCAAGCUUCCAUCAAUCAUGGAAGAGUUUGAUUCUCGCAAGCCAACGUUGCAACACAGUGAAGCAAAUCAAAUCAACACAUUCUCUAUUCAUCAUCCAUGGCCUCCAUCGAAACACUUACGCAAUUAGCAAACUUCUCACAGCUUUUCUCCAUCUUCCCAAUUUAAACAAACACUUUCACUACGCUUCCUCUAUAUUCGAUUCGAUUGAGAUUCCUAACUCAUUCGUUUACGAUACUAUGAUAAGAAUCUGCUCCAGAAGCUCUCAGCCUCACCUGGGUUUACGAUAUUUUCUAUUAAUGGUGAAGGAAGAAGAAGAAGAUAUAGCUCCUAGUUAUCUCACGUUUCAUUUCUUGAUUGUUGCGUGUUUAAAAGCUUGUUUCUUCUCUGUGGGUAAGCAAAUUCAUUGUUGGGUGGUUAAAAAUGGUGUCUUUUUAUCGGAUAGUCAUGUACAGACUGGAGUUUUGAGGAUUUAUGUGGAAGAUAAAUUGUUGUUAGAUGCACGCAAGGUGUUCGAUGAAAUUCCACAACCAGAUGUUGUGAAAUGGGAUGUUUUGAUGAAUGGGUAUGUUAGAUGUGGUUUAGGUUCUGAGGGUUUAGAGGUGUUUAGGGAGAUGUUGGUUAAAGGACUAGAGCCUGAUGAGUUUUCGGUUACUACGGCAUUAACGGCUUGUGCACAAGUUGGGGCUUUAGCUCAGGGGAAGUGGAUUCAUGAGUUUGUUAAAAAGAAGAGUUGGAUUGAGUCUGAUGUGUUUGUAGGAACGGCUUUGGUUGACAUGUAUGCUAAGUGUGGUUGCAUAGAGACGGCUGUGGAAGUUUUCAAAAAGUUGACUAGGAGGAAUGUCUUCUCAUGGGCAGCUUUAAUUGGAGGAUAUGCGGCUUAUGGUUAUGCAAAGAAAGCUAUGACGUGUUUGGAACGGUUGGAACGAGAAGAUGGUAUUAAGCCUGAUAGUGUAGUUCUUCUUGGGGUCUUAGCCGCUUGUGCUCAUGGAGGAUUUCUUGAAGAAGGCAGAUCAAUGUUAGAAAAUAUGGAAGCUCGAUACGAAAUUACUCCAAAGCAUGAGCAUUACAGCUGUAUAGUAGAUUUGAUGUGCAGAGCUGGAAGAUUAGAUGAUGCACUUAAUCUUAUCGAAAAAAUGCCAAUGAAACCGCUUGCAUCUGUUUGGGGUGCUUUACUGAAUGGCUGUCGAACGCACAAGAAUGUUGAACUCGGAGAACUAGCUGUUAAAAACCUUCUUGACUUGGAGAAGGGAAAUGUGGAGGAAGAGGAAGCAGCUCUUGUUCAACUAUCUAAUAUUUACUUUAGUGUUCAAAGAAAUCCCGAGGCAUCUAAAGUUCGUGGGAUGAUAGAGCAGAGGGGGGUAAGAAAGACACCAGGAUGGAGUGUGUUAGAGGUGGAUGGGAAUGUUACCAAAUUUGUUUCGGGAGAUGUGUCGCACCCAAAUCUUCUACAAAUUCACACAGUGAUUCAUCUCCUAUCUGUUGAUGCCUUGCAGAUUCUCUAG